AUGUACCUGCAGGAGGAAAAGCCCGAAGUAUGGUUCAAUAACCAAAAUGUCCUCAGAGUAGUACAGCAAAACCAGCAGCCCUUGCUGAAACUUCAACCCAAAAUCAGCCAAGACUAUUACCGGCAUGUGUUCAACACAGAAUUUAAUCUGGGCUUUGGUCUGCCGAGGACGGAUACCUGCGCGAGGUGCGAUGAGCUGGCUUCAGCAAUUAAAGUCAGCUCAGGAGAAGAGAAAAACAGCUCAAAAAGGAGCAGACCAAACACCAAGAGGAGGCACAAGCCGGCUACGACAGUAAACGCAGUCAAAAGAUCGCUGGUCAGCUACUCUGACGGGUGUACCGGCCAGAAUAAAAACUACCUCUUGGUGAAGUUCAUGGCAGACCUCCAACAUGAAGGAAUCUACGAGGUAAUAAAUCACAAGUUUCUCGUGAGAGGCCACACGUUCCUCGAGAACGACAGGGAUUUCGCCCAGAUCGAAAAGAGGAAGAAAACAGCCCGGGCGUUGGUGCCAGACGAUUGGCUUACGGUCGUCAGAGAAGCCAAGCUAACAAAACCAUUUAUUGUUCGUGACAUGAAACAAAAAGAAUUCUUAGAUUGGAACGGCCAUCUAAGUGACAAGUACAAAUUGGACAAGAAAGACACAGAGGGCAACAUCUUUAAACUGAAGGAGACAACGUGGAUGAACUUUGGCUGGGGAGAAAGUCGCGAUCCGUCAACUGGAAAGAUUGUCAUGGUACCCCAUCCCGACGAAGAAUUUCAUGCAUCCUCAGAAAUCUGCAAUGGAAACGAGUAUACUGUUACUGAUGCAGAUGGUAAAUUCUUAUAUUGCCAGCCAUGUGAUACAUGUCAUGAAGGAUACGGACUGGAACCAACAUGUGGCAGCACUGUUCAAAGGCCAGUUGAAAACGUUUCCUGUGAACAAUGCCCUACUGGAACAUUUUCCAAUAAAUAUGACUCUGGGCCGUGUUAUAAGUGCCAGGUUUGUGAUGAACACCAGGUUGUGAUAUCGUACUGCAAUAGCCAGGCAGACACAAAUUGCAGUCAAACUUGCAACAGCGGCUAUUAUUUCGCUAGGGGUGUAUCACAGUCCUGUCACAAAUGUUCCUAUUGUUGUGAUGAUGAAAAAGAUGAAGAACAAGUGGAUUGUGCCAGGCAAGGUCUUAAAAAGAGUAAUCAACAUUGCAGUCAUCGAGUUGAUAAGAACUGUGCUCCAGAUCUGUCCACAGACAUUUCUUCCCUAUCCACUGAUGGAAAAAAGCAAUUUGACUUAGGAAAAACACUUGCAAUAUUUUUUGGUACACUUGCUGGUGUGGCUAUUAUUGUUCUUGUUGUGUAUGUAUUAUGGAAAAGAAGACAGAGCCAUGGUCAAGGGCAGAUCACAGCACCCGUCGCUCAGGAUCUAGAGAUUCCCAGCAUAGUCAUUGGUGAUGCAACAGUUUCUACAUGUGCAUUAGAAGAAUACAGAAACGUUAGUCAAGAUGCAGCAUUAACUUCACCUACCACUGGUUCAACACUUAAGUCAUCUCCAGUCUCUAGACACAUCAAUCCAGGCUUUGCUUCAUCCAGCCCGGGAACUCCUCAAGUUUCUCCUCAUGGGACUCCUCAGUCACAAAAAAGCCAUGAUUCUCACACCAGUAGGGGGCAAAUAGAAAUAGUGCAACAGCCUAAAUCACAAAAUCAGAGAGAAGGUUCAAGGGUUGAGUUCACAUGUGAGUGUCAGGUGCAGGGAAGCUGCGAAGUCUGGUAUCAUUGGCUUAAAGAUGACACAGAACUUCAGGAGCAAAACAAUUCUAGUCUUAUUCUGGAUUCUGUCAAGAUGCGUGAUUUUGGAUGCUACAGUUGCCGCAUAACUCACGGAAGAGGUCACAGAGAAGCUGUUACAUCGGAACCUGCAUUUUUGGAGGUUUCCCCUUGUGAAGGAAAGAGACUCAAGUACCUGAGGGAAGUUGACCUUGACACUCGAGAUAAAAUUGCCAUACUUCUUGAAGACAAAACUCCUGGUCUUGGGGGCUGCAGGCAAAUAGCAGCUAAAUACGGAAUGGAGGAGCAUCUGGUUAGAGGCCUCGCAAAUUUACGUCAAUCAGGAAAUGCUGUUCUGGAAUUUCUACGGGGAUCUAAACCAGACUUAACAGUUUACAGCUUCUGUAAGACGCUUAAAGAAGACAACAUGAAUCGGUGUGAUAUUGUAAUGGUCUUAGAAGACCACCUCUCGAUUGAGAAAGAAAGCAAGUGAUGCACAGGCCAAGGAGGAGUAUUAGGAACUUCUCCAAAAUCUAGGUGAACGUCUCGAGGUUGUCCUUGCGAAUUCCGGAAUUUUCUGUUGAGUGGAAAGCAUGCUCAUUCUCCAGGUACUGUAGUUAUAUUUUUCUAUAUACCAUGCCAUAGAAAAUACAGCCAAUCAGAAUACAGGAAAUCCGUUGUAUAUUCGAUGGUAUUGCACCCAACCUUCUCAUCGUGCGCCGCGCAUAUGUCGCAUUGAUUGUGUUGGUCACUAUAAAUUUUCUAUGUCAUAGUAUAAAAUAGUCAUUCAACGCUGUCUCGUGGUAUACUUAACAAUUAUUCCAUGAGCGCGGAUCUGAGGUGGUAAAUAGCCAACGAGGCCCUACGGACCUCGUUGGCUAUAACCAAUCUCAUAUCCAACAAGCGCGAAUGGAAUAAUUGUUUUAUUAAAUUCGAUGCAUUUGUAUACUUGGAAAUUGUAGCUUAAUUUCAUUGGAUUUUAAUUUAACAAAGCGGCCGGAAGUCGAUGUGGCAAAAACAACAACAAGUGGGAAAUCACAUGACAU